ACAUCUCAAUUAUCAGCUUCCUUUUCAGGCGUUGUUUGCUCCUCCCAUUUGCCGACUCCUCCAAUUAGGGUUUUUUUCUUUCAGCGAAGAACUGUCUAUAUAAUACCCUCCUCCCCCUCCUCCCAAAUCGAUGCACAAGAGAAAUUGAAAAUAAAGAAAAAAAUAACGAUGUUAAAGAUUUCUAUGUGGUAAAUAGGUAACUCUAUUGUUUUGUGUGUUUGCGCACUCAGGUAAUUUCAAAACCUGCUCUUGAUUCCUUGAUUUCUUUUAUUCUAUGCUUUUCGAUUCACAAUUUGAAUAAUUGCGAUUUCCACUGUUCUAAAAAUUUCGCACGUCUUAUUGACUUUUAGAUUUGGGGCUUGGAUUUAGUAGAUCGGGGUAGAUUUUGGUUGUACGUGGUGUUUGAACCGAUCAUGCUAGUUUUUUCAUCAUUUUUUGGGGCCGAUUAUGCUAUUCGAAAUGAUUUUGAUAGAGCAUGGAUUUUUUUUUUGGCUAUGUUUUAAUAUGUUGAUUGUCUUUGGUUGUGGUUGUUGACCGCUACAGCCUUGUUUUAAUUUGUUGAUAUUGCAUAUGUAUAUAUAUAUUUUAAUUUUUAUGAAUUUUUAUAUUAUUAAUUUCCAUCGCAGAGCUAUUUCAGGGAAAAGCAUGUACACUAUGAACACUAACAGCUGUGCGGGGUAUGCAAAACUUUAUUUGGACUGCCAAAUAUUCUUGAUGUCCUGGUCUACACCAUUGCAGCCACUGUUUCUUUAAAUCUGCUCAAGGUUUAGGGUUCUAUUUGACUGCUGUAUCUGAGCUUUUACAUAUAAGUGUGUUUAUAGAUAUUGAUCUAGUAGAUAGAAAUGGAAGCAAAAACCGCAAAGGCAUUGGAUAGGGUUGCACUAAAUCUGAAGCGAAAGCGGGCUACCCGAUGUGCUGUACAUCUAAAUGGAGCUUCGCGACCAGUGUUACAUCAUUGGCCAUCAUUUGCGUCACCAGCAAGCAGGGUUGUCAAACGGAUGAGAUUGGGCGGACAUAAAAGCAAGCUGACAAAUGCUGGUCCUCAUAUUGGACGAUCCUUAGUUAGGUGUUAUUUGAACUAUAAGAAGAGUGGGAAGCCUGAACGUUUGAUGUUCUAUAAGAAUGGUGGAUGGUUGGACUUUCCUAAGGAUGUUGUUGACGUGGUUAAGAAAGAUCUCGAAGUCAAGAAGGCAGCUGUGGAGGUAGAGUUAAAUGGCUAUCAUAUCGUGCUAGAUUUUUUACAUAUGUAUCAGGUGGACUUGAAAACUGGUUUGCAACAACCUAUUGCUUGGAUUGAUGAGGCAGGGUGCUGCUUUUUCCCUGAAGUCUAUGCUGCUUCUGAUGAAGAACCUUAUAGUUUCUUCAAAGAGGAUGGAAAAAGUCACGACUCAUGUGAAUCUAACGAAAUAAAAUUACAGUUAGAAAUUGAAAUAAAUGGAGUGGAUGAAUCCAGGUUGGGGGAGUGUAGUGGGGAGUCCAAUGCUUUAGUUAAACAUAUUCAAAUUGAUACUAAACAAAACUGCAGUCAAUAUGAUGUAGAAGUUGAAGGUGGCAUUAGCAAAAUGGACUGCGGAAAUGUUGGCGAAGCCAUUGAGCAAAAUCAAGACAUAGGUUUAGAUGCUUCUACUGAAUCUGUAUAUGGAAAAUUGGAUUUGGAUUCUGUACAGAAGAUGUUUCUUAAGGGAAUGAGUAGUUUUGGCAGUACUGGUACUGACAUAGUUGAGAUUUACCGCUGCUCUGGUUCGUCAAUGCAAGUGCGAUUGGAGCUAUUCCAGAAGCAAGCUGAAAUUACAAAAAAAAUUCAUGGGGAUGCUAAUGUUCAGUAUGCUUGGCUUGCUUCUUCUAAAGGAGAACUAUCUACAAUGAUGGAGUAUGGGCUUGGUCAUUGUAGACUAUCUGUAUCUAAAUGCAUAUACGGCAUUGGUGUUCAUCUUGCAGCUGUUACCUGCCCUGACGCCAGUGCACGAUAUUGUGAUGUUGACGAAAACGGGAUUCUGCACUUGGUGUUUUGUCGUGUAAUAUUGGGGAAUGUGGAGCUUCUCCGUCCUGGCACUGGUCAGUUUCAUCCCAGUAGUUGUGAAUAUGAUAAUGGGGUGGAUGACAUUGAAUGUCCAAGAUACUAUACUAUAUGGAAUAUGAAUAUGAACACCCACAUCUAUCCAGAAUUCGUUGUUAGUUUCAAGGCCUCUUUGGAUGCUGAAGGCCAAUUUUGUGGAAGUGAGAGUAAGAAUAAUGUUUCUGGGGUUAAUAUGGUCAUUCGUGGUCCUCGUGGCCUGUUACAGUCAGACUCUUCUACAGUAGAUACUGGAAAAGCUGCUAGUGUGGUUGCUAGCACCCCAAAAGCUCCAAAAUCCCCUUGGAUGCCAUUACCUAUGGUUUUUGCCGCUAUCAGAAACAAGGUUCCUCCCAAGGAUAUGGGACUGAUCAUAACACAUUAUGGACAAUUCAAGUCAAAGCAGAUAUCCCGUGAUGAUUUCGUGAGGAAGCUGAGGUUGAUAGUUGGAGACACUCUGUUGAGAGCUACAUUAACAAAUCUUCAUGUCAAGAUACCAUCAAAUGGUGAAUUGAAAAACUCAAACAGGAAGGAAGGCUGAGGGUCUCUUUCUGUGAGGAGGUGAAGAUCUUCGCACUUGGAGUUAACUACUGUCAGAUUUUCUAUCGUGUUUUUCAUUUCCUUGUCAUCUUCAUUGGACCUGGAACCUACUUGUUAUGGAACUUCAUUAGAGUUUAUUUUGAACCGUCUGUGAUCAGAUGCAUUGUCAAGCGUCAUAUUUUCUACCUUAUAUUGGGGUUUCAUAAUAAAAACCGUUGAUUGGAUAUUCCGUGUUUUUUUCACUUCAAAAAUGAGCUCUCACUUCGUACGGUGGAUUGGCGGAUUGAACUUAUUUAAGUAACAAAUGGUUUGAAGCAUUUUAGGGAGAUUUUAUCUCUAAUGUCCAUGUUUAUCUCGCAUGAAGGUGGCUAGCUUUUGGGCUGGUUGUCUGAUUGGAAUACAGUUAACGUUGUUUCUGAUUUGGUCUGGGAAUUGUAAUGUUGGAUCUUCUAGUGUCUUGUUGAAACAAUUAUGGGUGAUUUUAACUACUACAGAGGUUGGCUGGAGACUGACUCCUUGUGAGGUCAGAUUUGUGUUGGGGGGUUGUCUUUCUGCGCAUGUGCUCUUGUUUCUUCUACCAUUAAACUUGAUUGAUGUAAUGGGCGCUUUCGU